AUGAAAAAAAAAUGCAGCCCCAUAGGUCUGCAUCUGGUGACUCGGAGGUCAGGUCUCGGAGAUCGUGGCUCGACGUCAGAGAUUGAGGCUUACGAAGGUCUCCAGAAACUGAAGCUUGAUCGCCGGUGGUUCAGGUAUAUAAUUUGGUCGCGAGUCUGCUCUACGUGUUUGGGUUCAACUCGCCGCGGCAUGAUUGGUCGGUUCUCGUCGACGCUGGGAUUGACGCUCUUGGUCCGGUGGACUUUGGUCGGAACUCNCCCGAGGAAGAUGACAGAAAAAAAGAAGGAGUUUGAACGGGAUUGA